UACGCGCGGUCGCGGUCGUACGAACACGUGUUUGCGAUUUGUGCUACCUUUUAUCACCUCAGAAGAAGAGCAGCAAUAAAGCAGCAAUGAUUUCUCCGAUAUACUUAGCAGUUGUAGUGAUAACAGUGGUAUACACCAAGACAGAUGCGACCCUGCCGGGAGGCGCGGCGGCGCAGCAGUGCUACCAGUGCAGCGAGCCGGGGUGCGCACGCGGCGCUCAGCCCGCCAGCUGCCCGCUCGACCACCCACUAUGCGCCACCAUCGCCAGUUCCCCGAAUUUCACAUCAUUCCUGGCAUGCGCCGCCACUCAGGAUAAACCCUGCUCAUUAAUUUAUUCUACAAAGCAAACAUUCGAGAUAACCUGCGUCUGCUCAACUCACCUCUGCAACGCGCCUUUUUCCACCAGUAUGCAGCACGAGUUGAUCAAUUUCUCAUCGGCAAUCCCACCCAAAAUUAAUGACACAGAUCUCAUUGAAGUAUUUUGGAAACAGUCUCACAUUACAAAUGUGAACGAUACAUAUGAGUAUUUCCAAAUAACUACUGAAAUUGAAGACGUGACGGAAUUGCCAGUCGUGAACAUUUCCCAGACUGUUAUGGUGAGCACAACCGCGAGCGUGGCUCUAAAGGGUGAGUGGCGCGUGGUCGCUGCGAGUGGCAUCCUGCCGCGUGCCGAGGCGCUGCGGCAGGAAACGACGGUGCCGUCCGACGACGACGAGGACGAGGGCGAGGGCAGCGGUGAGGACGUGGAGCGCCUAUCGCCGUCCGCGCCCGCCGCCCCCGCCGCGCCCGCCGCGCCCAGCUCGCACUUGCCGGCCGGCGCCGGCGCCGCGCCCCGCCUGCUCGCCAGCCUGCUUACCGCGAUACCCGCCAUCUUACAUUUCUCACUGUAA